UGGCCGGGCAUGGUGGCUCAGCCUGUAAUCCUAGCACUUUGGGAGGCCGAGGCGAGCAGAUCACUUGAGGCCAGGAGUUUGAGACCAGCCUGGCCAACAUGAUGAGACCCCCCAUCUCUACUAAAAAUACAAAAAUUAGCCAGCAAUGGUGGCACACACCUGUAAUCCCAACUACUAGGGAGGCUGAGGCAGGGGAAUUGCUUGAACCCAGGAGGCAGAGGUUGCAGUGAGCUGAGAUCACGCCACUUCAUUCCAGCUUGGGUGACAGAGCAAGACUCCAUCUCAGAAAGAAAAAAAAAGAAAGAAAGAAAGAAAGAAAACACAACUCCUCUCCUCAGUCUUACCCAGGGAGGGGAACAACAACAACAACAAAAAACAACUCCAAGGACCAACAAUUAGUAUUUUUCUUCCUUCCCUAACACACAACAUAAUCUCUUCAAAACAGAUGGAACCCAUAUUCCAAUAUCUACCUUUGGCAUCUUUUUCAAAGUAUUUCUAGGGUGACAUUUGGGAGGAAAUGGGAAAAAAAAAUAUUUGGACACAAGCUCUUUUUUCCACUGGGCUUUGAGAAAACCCCAUCUUGCGUGCUCCUACUGUAUCUCUCACUGAUAAGUCCACUCAUAAAACCAGGGCCUUAUCCAGGGCCACGCUUACAGAACUCCCACGGACACACCAUGAUAAGGACACUGCUGUUGUCCACUUUGGUGGCUGGAGCCCUCAGUUGUGGGGACCCCACUUACCCACCUUAUGUGACUAGGGUGGUUGGAGGUGAAGAAGCGAGGCCCAACAGCUGGCCCUGGCAGGUCUCCCUGCAGUACAGCUCCAAUGGCCAGUGGUACCACACCUGCGGAGGGUCCCUGAUAGCCAACAGCUGGGUCCUGACGGCUGCCCACUGCAUCAGCUCCUCCAGGACCUACCGCGUGGGGCUGGGCCGGCACAACCUCUAUGUUGCGGAGUCCGGCUCGCUGGCUGUCAGUGUCUCUAAGAUUGUGGUGCACAAGGACUGGAACUCCAACCAAAUCUCCGAAGGGAACGACAUUGCCCUGCUCAAACUGGCUAACCCCGUCUCCCUCACAGACAAGAUCCAGCUGGCCUGCCUCCCUCCUGCCGGCACCAUUCUACCCAACAACUACCCCUGCUACGUCACGGGCUGGGGAAGGCUGCAGACCAAUGGGGCUCUUCCUGAUGUCCUGCAGCAGGGCCGGUUGCUGGUUGUGGACUAUGCCACCUGCUCCAGCUCUGCCUGGUGGGGCAGCAGCGUGAAAACCAGUAUGAUCUGUGCUGGGGGUGAUGGCGUGAUCUCCAGCUGCAACGGAGACUCUGGUGGGCCGCUGAACUGUCAGGCGUCUGACGGCCAGUGGCAGGUGCAUGGCAUCGUCAGCUUCGGGUCUCGCCUCGGCUGCAACUACUACCACAAGCCCUCCGUCUUCACACGGGUCUCCGAUUACAUCGACUGGAUCAAUUCGGUGAUUGCAAAUAACUAACCAAAAGAAGUCCCUGGGACUGUUUCAGACUUGGAAAGGUCACAGAAGGAAAAUAAUAUAAUAAAGUGACAACUAUGCAAAUCACAUCUUGAUGAGAGAUUUAUUAGCAAUCCGUCCUAACAUCCAGGGCUGUGGGCACAGUGGCACAACCCUGUAAUCCCAGCACUUAGCACUUUGGGAGGCCAAGGCAGGCAGAUCACUCAAGUCCAGGAAUUCAAGACCAGCCUGAGUAACAUGGCAUAACCCUGUCUCUACUAAAAAUACAAAAAUUAAAUGGGCGAGGUGUUACCCACCUGUAGUCCCAGCUACUCAGGAGGCUGAGGUGGGAGGAUCACUUGAGCUCAGGAGGUAAAGACUGCAGUGAGCCAAGAUCACUUAGUCGCACUCCAGCCUGGGCGACAGAGUGAGACCCUGUCUUAAAAAAAAAAAAAAAAAGAAUUUCGCAUCUGCGUCACCCUGCCCUACUGAGACCUCAAGGACCCAGCCCACUUUAGAACCUGACACAUGACAUCGUUGUCAAACAACAUAUAAAUGGAGCACUAAGCUCCAGCGAAGGAAGUGGGCUGUAGCAGCUUCCUGCACUCUGCCUCCUCUGCCUCUCUUUCCUCCCCUCCCAGCACAGAAGCCUGGAUUUCUGUGCAGGCGCUGCCCCAUGGGAUCCCG